AUGAAUGCAGAAAAAUUACAAAAAUCGGAGCCUAUGGAAAUUCCAAGCUGCGUGCGAAACUAUACCAAUGAGUAUAGAAUCCAGCGAAGAACCCUAGGUCCACAAAUAGCACAACAAAAACAAAACAACGAGGCGGAUUCGUUUUCACCUAAUCCAAGGCCUGUUUUCACUGGGCCGUCAAGUCUGGUCGGCUUUCGCACAACCAAGGGCCUGUUUUCACUGGGCCUGUCAGUCAGUCGGUCGAUCGGUCGGCUUUCGCACAACCCUGGCCUGUUUUCACUGGCCGUCGAGUCUGGUUGGCUUUCGCACAACCAACACAAAACAACAAGAGUCAGAACAACACUGGAAACAAAUUGUGUGACUUUAGUACGCGUGCGAAACUAUGCCAAUGAGCAUAGAGUCUCGUACCAAAUCCACUUUUGA